AUUGUCGGCAACCUCCUGUACUAUCGCUACAUGAACCCUGCCAUUGUUGCUCCUGAUGGUUUUGAUAUAAUUGAUAUGACAGCUGGGGGCCAGAUACACCCUGACCAGAGGAGGAACCUAGGUUGUGUGGCAAAAGUCCUUCAGCACGCUGCUUCUAACAAACUCUUUGAAGGAGAGAGCGAACAUCUAUCAUCUAUGAACACUUACCUCUCACAGACAUACCAGAAGUUCAGGAAUUUUUUUCAAGCAGCAUGUGAUGUUCCUGAACCAGAGGAGAAAUUCAAUAUCGAUGAAUACUCUGACAUGGUGACCCUUAGCAAACCUAUCAUUUAUAUCUCCAUUGAAGAAAUUAUCAAUACUCACUCACUACUAUUAGAACACCAAGAUGCCAUUGCCACUGAGCCGAAUGACCUGCUGAAUGAAUUGCUAGAAGGUCUGGGACCUGUUCCUGACGUAGAGUCUUUCCUUGGGGAAGGAGCUGUUGAUCCCAAUGACCCCAACAGGGAAAGCACACUGAAUCAACUUGCAAAAACAGAGAUUUCAUUGUCUCUAACAAGCAAAUAUGAGUUACGAGAAGGUGAAGAUCAGGAUCUCAAAAGCCUGAUGAUAAAGACCAAAAGACUUAUUGUGGACGUGAUACGAACACAGCCAGGGGAUACACUCUUAGAAAUAUUAGAAACACCAGCCACUGCACAACAGGAAUCUGAGCACUUGAAACUUGUAGAAAAACGUGCCAUCUUAGAUUCCAAAACUCCAGAGAAAAUGAAGCACAGUCAGUCUAUUUUUGAAGAUGGGCAGCUACCAACAGAACAAAAGAAAAGGAAAAUUCAGAGAAAUCUCCGGACAUUGGAACAAGCAGGACUAGUGUCUUCAGCAACUAAGUACCAGGAAAUUAUAAAUGAGAUUGCUAAGGAUAUCCGGAAUCAAAGAAGAUACAGACAUCAUCGAAAAGCUGAAUUGGUGAAACUCCAGCAGACUUUGAAUGCACUUAACUCCAAGACAGCAUUUUAUGAAGAGCAAAUUAAUUAUUACAACACCUAUAUAAAAACUUGUUUAGACAACUUAACAAGAAAAAAUUCACGGAGGUCAAUUAAACUAGAUGGAAAAGAGGAGGUGAAGGGAAGCAAAAAACUGAAGCAAGCCUCAAUAAAGUAUACAGCUGCAAGACUGCAUGAAAAAGGUGUCAUCCUAGAAAUUGAAGAUCUUCAAACCAACCAGUUUAAGAAUGUGAUGUUUGAUAUCACACCUGGAGAAGAAGUGGGUGACUUUGAAAUCAAAGCAAAAUUUUUGGGGGUUGAGAUGGAAAAAGUGCAGCUCCACUUCCAGGAUUUGCUUCAGAUGCAGUAUGAAGGUGUGGCUGUAAUGAAAAUGUUUGAUAAAGCUAAAGUGAAUGUGAACUUGCUCAUAUUCUUGUUGAAUAAGAAGUUCUAUGGAAAAUGAGUGUCUUCAGAUACAAUGGACUACAUCCAUCAAUGGGGAGUCUAUUCAGUAUUUUUUUGCUUUUAAACUUUUGUUCAAGGCUUGUCAUUGUACACUUUUUAACUUUAAAAAAAACCCCUAAGACACCAAAUGUUCAGAGGAAUGUACACAGUGCCUUUUCAGCAUUGAUGAUGAAGCAGAAAAAUAGGAAAUAAAUUAAUUUAAACAGUUCCAAAUUUCAUUGGUGUUGGUACUUUGAAAUCAAAAUAUUGCUUAGGACACUCAGCUAUUGUGGUUAUAUGGAUUUUAAGGUAGGCAGAAAUUAAAUUUAGUUGAAUAUAUAAACUUCUUCCUAUUAAAACAUUUUAAAAUGACCUCAGAUAGACAAUAGAGUUCUUACUACACUUUAAGUAUUUACCAAGAGAAAUCUUAAUUUGUUUGGGGAUAGUUUGGAUAAAUAUUUAGUUACAUACUAAGCCUAUUUUCUGGCAGUUGUCAAUUGUAAAGCAAACUUAUUGUGCAAUUCAAAAAUUUUUAUAGGUAAUUAUAAAGUGACAAUAACGUCUUACUGUACAAAAAUAUAUUUUGUGAUUCAUUCCUACUAAAUGCACUACUGCCUCAUGUAAAAUGACAUUUUCUACUUUCACAGCCUUUGGAGUGGCAUUGGGGAAAUCUGAAUAGUGAACAGUUGUUCAGUUUGAAGUAUUUGAAUACAUAAAU